GAGGAAUCUCUAUCUCAAACGCACAAACACCAUCCACCUAUAGGUACUCACUUUACCUAGAUCCGUGCUAGAUCCCUAUCUUUUGUGAGAAUCCAAUUCCUGGGCUGUCAAUCCAGACAGGUGCUUGAAGCUUUGAGGCUAUAAUCGACACCUGGCCAUUUUCGAACAUCUCCCAACUACCACUACAGGAAGCCCCCAGCUCUUGAUCUGUACUUGUUUCUCCUCCCUGAUGCUCUUCAUCAACCAGCGUCAGGGUUUUCGUUGUGGUCAAAGACUUAACCUCAUCUCUCGCGGCACAGUGCGGUAAACAGGGCAUCAUCUGACCUUUAUUCACACAGCCUUUACGCCGCUCCAAAGCUCUGCUCUACCACCCCUGGGGUGAGCACCCCUCGUUGCAUCCUUCACCUACCUUAGUCAAACUCCCGUCAUCCCUCCACAUGUCGCCUAUCGAUGUCUCCAAGGAUCUUUCGGCCUUGUUUACCAAGCAGGCCGAGGCGACCCCUCACAGUGUUGCCCUUGAGGACGAGUCGACUACUUACACCUACGCCGAACUCAAGGAGAGGGUUGAUGAUCUGUCAGCUCUCCUUCGCAACCAUGGUGUUGGGCGAGACAGCCUGGUAGGGGUUCUUUUACCACGAAGCGCCGAUUAUGUUAUCGCAUGCCUCGCAGCUCUCCGUGCCGGCGGCGCUUUCUUAGUCUUGGAGUUGGCAUAUCCCCCAGACCUGUUAGCAGACGUUGUCGCAGAUGCAAAUCCUAUUGUGGUCGUCACCUAUCGCGCCGAAGUCGGCAAAAUCAAGCAAGGAGUACCCGUCAUUACACUGGAUGAACCUCCGAGCCAAACCACGACACCAACUGCACCACUUGCCCAGCUUCCGGAUGACCAUGACUUGGACCGGCUUGCCUUUGUUUCAUACUCUUCAGGAACAACAGGCAAGCCCAAAGGCAUCGCAAAUCCACAUCGCGCACCUGUUCUGUCCUACAACCUGAGGUUCGGUGUUUGCGACCUCCACCCGGGGGAUCGCGUUGCUUGCAAUGUUUUUUUCAUAUGGGAGAUCCUCCGGCCCCUUCUGCGAGGCGCGACUGUCGUCGCCGUACCAGACGACAUAAGCUAUGAUCCCGUUGCUCUCGUCGACCUGCUAGCUGCUAAAAGCAUCACCGAAACGCUAAUGACUCCUACAUUAUUGGCUGCGCUGCUCUCGAGACACUCCAACCUGGGAUCUCGACUACCCCAACUACGAACCUUGUAUUUGAACGGCGAGGUUGUCACCGCCGAUUUGGCGCGACGUGCAAUCAAGGCUUUACCAGAUGUCUCUCUAUUCAACGUCUACAGUGCAUGUGAAACUCACGAGGUAGCCUGUGGAGACAUCUCCAAGAUGUUGGACGACAAGUCUCGCUAUUGUCCCGUCGGUCCCCCCCUCGAUCCAAGACACACUUAUAUCCUGGAUGAAGGAGGACAGAAGGUUGAUCGAGGCGUCAGCGGCGAGUUGUACGUCGGCGGGCCUCUUCUAGCUCGCGGCUAUCUCAAUCGGCCCGAGACUACUGCCAAAGCAUUCAUCCCCGACCCAUUUGAUCUCACCCCGGGAGCCCUUAUGUACCGAACAGGUGACCGCGCUAGGAUGACAUCAAAUGGACUACUCGAAAUCACUGGACGUGUCGGAGCCAUGAUCAAGCUCCGUGGCUAUUCCGUCGUUCCCGGAAAGGUGGAGAACGCGAUCGUUGCCAGUCUCGCCGUCAGCCAGGCAGCCGUCGUCGAUCACGGUGAAGGUCUCGAGCGACAACUGGUCGCGUACAUUGUUAGAGACAAAGAAAGCUCCCCUGAUCGCCCACCUGUUGAAAUAAAUGCUUCCGGACAUAGCCCUGGUGCUCGCCGUGUUUUAGCACAAUCUUUGGCACCAUACAUGAUACCGGCUCUGUGGGUUCAGCUCGAUGAACUACCAACACAUGAAGUUUCGGGGAAAGCAGACCGGAAGAGUCUGCCUCCACCACCACGUGCAUCUUCUCCAAACGGAACUAGUGGUCAAAAGAAGGCCGGAGACGAUCCCAUCAGCCUCGAGGAUAUCGCUGAGGUUUGGGCGUCAACCCUCAAACUUUCACGUGAUAACAUCACCGCCGAGCAUAACUUUUUUGACUUGGGGGGCCACUCGCUGUCAUUAGCAGAACUUGCUUCGAGAUUGUCCAGAAGCUUUGGUUUCCGUGUACCGGUCGCACGGCUAGCCGAUCCAGCCACGUUGAAUGGCCAUCUGGAAACCGUUCGCAGUGUCAGGGAUGGCGAGACCGCAGCUGUGCAAGCAGAUCUUCCCGCCGUCUUACGUGCAGACGCUGUGCUCGACAAAGAUAUUCAACCAUCAAAAAGCACAUUCACCGCACUUAACAAAGCCAAGACCGUACUCCUCACCGGCGUCACCGGUUUUCUGGGAGCUUUCCUUCUGAACGAUCUUCUGGACAAUACUUCAGCUCGUAUUGUCUGCCUUAUUCGCUUCAAGGAUCCCUCUGAUGAUGACCAGGCCAACGGCAUUGCCAGAUUGCGUAGAAAUCUGCUUGAUCUGGGUCUGUGGAGGGACUCAAUCAUGGAACGAGUUGAGAUCUUGCCAGGAAACCUUGCCCGGAAUCGUUUAGGAUUGUCUCCAGAGGUCUUUGAUGGCCUUGCAAACCGUGUCAAUGUCAUUGUACAUGCCGGUGCUACUGUCAACCUCGUUUAUCCGUAUGCAGCCCUGAGAAAUGCCAAUAUUCGCGGGACAAGAGAAGUAUUGAGACUUGCAGCCGUCGCGGGUGCCACGGUGCAAUACGUGUCCACCAACGGGGUCCUGCCACCUAAGCCUACCCGCGAAGGUUGGCCAGAAGACACCAUCCUCGACGUUGAUCAAGUUCCCACAAAGCUGGCAGAUGGAUACGGGCAGACAAAGUGGGUGGCAGAGCAGCUCGUUCUCGAAGCUGGAAGACGUGGUAUCCCAGUACGGAUCCACAGGGCUGGCACAAUCAGUGGCCACAGUAUCACCGGUGCUGCUAACGCCUGGGACUUGCUUUCUGCACUGAUCGUGGAGUCGAUACACCUCGGUUACGCUCCAAAUGUCCAAGGCUGGCGAGCUGAAAUGACUCCGGUUGACUUUGUCAGCAAGGCCAUUGUACACCUUGGUAAUCAGACACAGACAAAUCAAACCAUCUUCCACCUCGGAGAUCCCACUCCAGUUGACACAAAAGACGUUUUUGAGGAUCUCAAGAGCCUUGGAUAUCCAACCCAACGGAUAGGCUUCGACGAAUGGGUGGCAAUAUGGAAUGAAACUCGGGGCGCCGCAAAAGGUGGGGAUGGCGGUUUCACGGUCGACAUCCUUCGCAGUGGCAUGCCCAGUGUCGAGUUUCUGAGAGAUAUUGUUGUGCUUGACAAUGCCGCAACUCGCCCCUUUCGAGCCGAGGUCGAGAGACCUAAGGUUGACAAAGUCUUACUAGAAACCUACACGCGUCACUGGUUUGCUAGAGGAUGGCUGCCUCGCCCCCCCUCCAGUCAACAUGCUCUGGGUGGAACAGCACAACCCUUGCGCCGUGGUCCUCUCAGUGGGAAAGUCGCAGUUAUCACCGGAGCAUCGUCCGGGAUUGGAGCUGCGGUUGCAGCGUCUCUGGCGAGAGAGGGCUGUCACAUUGCCCUUGCUGCUCGACGCAUUGAUGCAUUGGAGUCUGUCAAGCGUCGAUUGGUGGUGCGCGAAGGCAAGGUCAUUAUUCGGCAGACCGAUGUCACCGACCGAAAGCAAGUCGAGGCGUUGGUCAAGGCCGCCAAUGAUGAGCUUGGGCCCAUAGACAUCCUUGUCUCCUGUGCGGGCGUCAUGUACUUUACAAUGAUGGCAAACGCCAAAGUGGAGGAAUGGGAUCGUACCGUUGACGUCAAUUGCAAAGGCCUGCUCAACUGCUUGUCCAGCACAGUACCUGCCAUGCUCGCACGAGGCGGGGGCCACAUUGUGGCAAUCUCAUCAGAUGCUGGUCGAAAGGUAUUCCCUGGCUUGGGAGUCUAUUCUGCCAGCAAGUUUUUCGUGGAGGCGACGCUCCAGAGUUUACGACUUGAGACUGCUGGAAGUGGUUUACGAGUGACAAGCGUCCAACCCGGCAACACUGCAACAGACCUCCUUGGCAUGUCCACCGACACUGAAGCGAUAAAAAAAUAUGGUGAACCGUCAGGGGCACAGAUUCUUGACCCUGAGGACGUUGCAGCGUCUAUCGCAUAUGCUUUGCGACAACCAGCCCACGUGGCAAUCAACGAAGUACUAAUAGAGCCACGUGAUGAGCCCAUUUGAGGCUUUCACUCAAAUCAAGACUACGGACCAGAUGGCUUGUCCACCAGGCACUUUGAGGCUAGCCCACCAUUCCCACAAGCAAUGACACUUCACAGCAUAAUAGUGCUUGAGAGAGGAUGUUGGAAAAUUUGAUUGUGUCAAAAUAAAUAUUAAGAAGUUGAAAUCGAAGAUUCAUAGACAGCUUGUUUCCCACACGCCAGAUCGUCCGCCAAUUGGUUUCCCUUUCAUGACAAUCGAUCUGAAAUCUAAGGCAAAAUAAGUGUACCUUUCAUGAAACCGGAAUAGAAUGCAUCAUCCUCG